UCAUGAAGUCGCACAAGAAAAGUGAAGACAAGAAAGGGUUCCCAAUUAUUGAAUAAUCACCCUACAUCUAUGCCGUUGUGUUGGAAUUAUAAGUAUACCAAUGGUAGACUUGAACAUUGAUAUUUGCAUAUUUUGUGUAUCCCUUCCUUACCCAUAAUGUAUAAAGAGACAUAUUACCAUCUUUACCACACACAGUUUCCUUAGGACAAUGCACAACUUGUAUGGGUAAACCCCCCGACAUUCUCAGUUUUAAAAAGGUGACCGAAUUCCAUUGGGAAAACAAUAGGGGCCUUGGGAAAGGGACAAUUUUGAAAUGAUAUGUAUGAAAGCAAUUAAGAUAAAUUUGAAGGACUCCUCACCUUUUUCAGUGUGUACAACGGUUUACCUUGCAUACCAAUCUGUAAAAGACUAUAGCAAUUAUAUCCAAUCUUCAUAUAUAUCACUGUUCAACAGGAUACCAAGAAGAUUCUUAGUGAAUCUCCAGAAGGAAAGAGUGUCACUCGGAGCAUCGAGCAAUCUGGAUUCUUGACGAAAAAAGUCAGGCAUCAACUAGUCAGGAUAUUAGUGAGCUACUUGAUUUCCCAUCAUGGAAAAAACCCUGGUGCAUUUGAAAAGAGUGCUCUGGCUGAGAGUGUGAUUGCUGCAUUCCCAAGCCUGAAAGACCCUCAAGGAAUCACAGGAUAUGAAGCCUUUUACACUAAAGGAUCCAAAGGAUGCCCUGCAGGUGGUUAUCUUGAAGAACACUUGCGUUAUGUGAGGAAAAAUAUGAUAAGAAAGGAGGAAGUUGGAGAGCAUCAAGGAAGGAAGGAGGAAGUUGGAAAGCAUCAAGUUAAUGCAAGUGCAGCAACUCCUGAUGAACCCGAUGAGAAGCAAGAGACAGCCGAAGAUGUACUUGCAAAGGUUCAGUGGCUAAAGGACAACUGUGCACCUACUACCAAAGUCAAAGAGUACAUGUCAUUGACAUCAAAGCACAGGGCAGAAUGGGUGAAAGAUAGGGAGAGAACUGUUGCAGAAAUCUUGGAGGAGUUCCCCAGGCUGCUUGGUAUUGGGAUGAUUGAGCAAGACUUCCAGCUGAUGUACCCAAAAGUUGCUGACAGACUGACUGACAAAUGGGGCGGCUUGUCGGACUCACUGAUAGAUUAUGCCACACAGAUGUUUCCUCUUUGGAAGGAUGUGUUAGGUCUUGAUGCCAGUACUGAUGUAAAGAAACUGACAGAAGGUAUUUUUCACAUUUUGAGAAUGUCGGGUUGUCCGAUCAUUGCUUAAUUCAUUGGAAGAGUUGGUAAAUUUUCAGAAUAUAAUUUUGAGUGUUCUCAAGACAACCAUCCUCCAGAUUAAUUUGAAGUGGCUGAGGAUUUCCAAUUAAAUGCUGCAUUGACGUAAUUCCCUUACGUAAAUAUGAUUUCCUUCAUUACGGUGAUAACUUGGGUAAGACACACAGAAUGUAGGCCUUUAUCAUGCUGAAUUCAUUUUGGCCAUGCGCCAUAGUAUCCAAUAAAAGUAAUGAUUGCCCAUAUUUAUUUACAUAUAAAAAGGAACCAAACUAUUUGUCCUUUCAGCCUCGGUUUGGUUACAUGACUUCAAUGGGAGAAAUACAAGAUGGCCUCACAAUGAUAAAGGUCUAUUGAAGUUGAUCCUAAUAUGGCAAAGUUAAGGCGGUUGAUGAUUACUGUUUUGGACCAUUAUCCUAGUGUUGAUAUAACUUGCUCAAAUUUCCAUACUCUCUUUUUAACAGAUGAGAAGAUCAACCUG